GAGGACGGAGGUUUGACGGAGAGUCGCCGUGAGAGUCUGCAGGCUGAACCAGGAUCAGAACCAGGAGCAAGACCAGAACCAGGACCAGGACCAAAACCACACCAGGAUCACUAUCAUAACCCGGACUGGGAUCAGGAUCAGACAGUUCAAACGGUCUACAGUGGACCUGAAAGGCUCCUUCUGACCAGCUGUGAUCGUCUCCAGGUGUGUCUCCAGGUGUGCGUCUGUGGGCGUGGCCAUGCCGUGGGUCCUGUCCUCCCAGGUGGACCACCUGUCAUCGUCUCCGUCUCAGCGUGAGUGCGAGCGGACGGCGUUCUCCUUCUACUGCGCCGUGCGGGAGGCUCUGCCGGUGUGGCUGCUGGAGGACAUGAGGAGCAUGGAGGUGCUGGUGUGGGAGGACGGUCAGCCACGCCCCUUCCUGCCGUCAGAGGCGCUGCUCUACGCGCUCGUCCACGACCACCAGGACUACGCACGCUACCUGCUCACCAGGUACUCAGUGAGCGCGCUCAGAGCGCCGCGCUGCAGUUUCUGCUGCUGUCGCAGCAGCGGCUCGCCACACCUGUCGGUGGCGGUGCGGUACGACCGUUUGGCGAUCCUCGGUAUGAUGGUGGAGGCGCUGAAGGACUGCGACACGCAGAGCGAGUGGUUCCACUUCCUGGACAGCUGUGGCGGCUGCUCUCACGUGGCGGACUCGGAGAAGACAGCGGUCCAGUUGGCGGUGGAGCUGUCUCGUCCCGACUGUCUGCUGCUGCUGCUGGUCCACGGCGCCCGGCCCCACGGCCUCGACGCCGCGCUGCAGCGACUCGUCUCCUGCGACCCGUCGGAGCGGCGCCAGGCGCAGCGCUGCCUCGACUUCCUGCUGCUGUUCCUACCAAAGCCGCUGGCGCCACAGCGCCUGCAGGGGGAGCCACAGCGCUGGCAAAGCAUUCUGGGAACUGAAGUGUUUAACUGGCUGUGCGGUCUGGCUCCGCCUCCUCUCCUGCUGCAGGCGCUCAGGUGUUUGGCCCGGUCCGGUCCAGACCGGAUCAAUGAACUCCCCAGCUUCCUGCAGCCACACAGCUGGCAGUGACAUCAUUGUCACCAUGGAAACAGGCCGUAAAUACCUCAGGGCUGCUGUGGUUGGACGGCGGCUGAUGAUGUAAAUAAAAUGUAAAUAAACAGGUAGAAAGCUGGUAUCUCCGGGCAGACUUCAGGACUCAGAGGAGAUACGAGGUCUCAGCUCUGAGCGGGUCUGCAGCUUUAAAUCGAUCAGGUUAUUGAUCGCCUGUGAAGGUCGUCUCUGAGAGAACCUGAGGACGCCGUCAGGACCGUUUAAGGUCAAACAUCAGAAUACUGAAGGCUUCACUUCCUGCUGAACGCGCGGACCAGGGUCCACCUCUGAGCAGGUCUGAACAAAAACACAGAAGAGCCCUUUAACUCUGACAGACCCGCAGAGGCUCACUUUGAUCGAUUAUUGAUUGUUGUGAUUGGAAACUGAUGAUCAGCUGAUCAUGAAGGACUGUCAGCUGAGUGUAUUGAUCAUAUUGAUCUCCUGUAUUGAUCAUGUUUCUCCUCUAAGUGUGGACUCUGUCAGAGUUAUUGAUCACUGAUGUAAACACUGAGAGAUUUACUGUCCUGUAAAUAAAGUAAGGGAUGAAGCCGA